AUGCCCGUAGCUUUUAAUGCCAAAAUUGGUAGCGGUGACGCGCCCGACGCCGUAUCGGUGCCGUCGUUUUUAGGAAAUCCAAACUCGAGCUAUCGCUCUAGAACAGGUAACACGGCCUUCAUGAGCAACGAUGUGAGCAUGUCUAGGACUCCAUUCAAUAAACUGCAGCUCACGAAGUUGCUGAUAAACACGCUUCACGAGAUGGGGUACUCAGAAUCGGCGGUCAUGCUGCAACGAGAGAGCGGGGGUGUCGAAGUGAAAUCCAGCAAUGUGCAAAGACUGUUUUCAGCAAUAAGUGAUGGCCAGUUUCAGCAUAUUGAUUUGAAUAUGCUACUGGGGCUUCCACUGAAACACAGCAGUCUGAGGAGUCUAAUAUUCGGGAGCGAGUCCGGCCAUCCUUUGUCACAGGACAGCAGCGAAAAUUCCGAAAGGACCGCUUUUCUGGAAAACAGUCAUGUCGCCGGAGAAGAUAGAGCUAUGAAAAUUGACAAUCUGAUUGUGAAGAGGGCCGAUUGGCGUCGAUUUUUCGAUAUCAUGCAAAAGGAUUUAGGAGUCCUGGAGCCCCUAGUGCAAAAUAUGGCAGAUUUUGACGCAAAUACACUUGCCAGCUUACUGGACACUGUUGAAAUGCUCGUUCUGAUCAAUAAACAGGUCUUCCUUGAACUGAUGUUUGAUCAACAGGACUCAUCGCUGGCGGUGGUUUUCCUCAGAACGGUCUUGCGUAAAUAUAUUCAAUUAUGGGAGUCUCUCUUAAUGUACCAAGAGAGCUCGUACGCACUCACCCCAGAUACACUGCUUAAACAGAUGACAAGCAUACUCACAUGCCCUUUAGACUCUACAGAACUGUCUGAGGUGUGGCCAGGGAGUCUUGAAAGCUCAAGGCAACUACUGGUCAGGUCUUUGUCCAAUUACAUAGAUCCUAACGAUUUGGUGCCCCGUGGAAGACUUCUCACUCUGUUAAGUCAGGCCAUAAAAUAUCAAAACUCACAAGACGUGUUGAACUUUGAGGACGAGGAUGAAUACCUUGUUGAUGAUGAUUCCCGACAGUACAAUCUACUUCAGGACAACAGUUCGAGCUCCCAACGAAUUUCCUUUGCUCCUGCAAAGAUGUUAGCCCAAAAUGCAGAUGAAAUAUGGUAUCUCGAAUUUUCACCAGAUGGGAGAUACUUAGCCAGCGCCGCUGCAGAUUCUUUAACAGAUCGCAAAGUUUUGAUUUACGAUGUUGAACGAGAUUUUCAAGUAUACAAAGUCCUUGGGGGUAACGAUCAAUGCGUCCUUUAUCUAUCCUUUUCGCCUGAUAGUAGGUAUCUGGUAUCAUGCCCUUUCAACGAGGAAGCAAAAAUCUACGACAUACACAAAAAGGGCCAUCCUACUGAUCUGAACCAAGAAUAUGAAGAUGCUAUGGUCGCUGAGGUCAUUCAGCCUGAUGACUCCUUCAAAAUUUACGAAAACGAGGGCACACCCAAUGGGAGCUCACCAAGAAUCUGGUGUUGCAGUUGGUUCCAAACUGAACGUAAUAAAGGGCGUUUUGCUCUAGGCUCUCCUGAUAGAGACGUCAUCAUUUAUGAUAUUGGUGCGAAAUCUAUUCUGUUCAAAUUGUCUCAGGUACUAAGUCUGAACGCUAACCUGUCUCAGGAACAAUUUCCCAGAGUGCACGAUUUGAAGAUUACUUGCAACGAUAAGUAUCUCGUUCUUAUGGCUCAUGAGUUUUAUGUGGACACUUAUGAUAUCUCUCAAAUUCCUCCUGUUCAAAGUGGAGAGCGAGUUAGCGACUCUAAUAUUGACGUUAUGGGAUUCCAUGUUUCAAAGGUAUCCCGAUUAAGUGUGGGCAAACGUAUGACUUGCUUAGCUGUACCAAACGUCAAAAAUUCUACCAGAAAUGAAAACUCUUUGAUUCUGAUUAAUGUUCAACCUCAUGAGCUCCAGCUCUGGGAUUUCAAGGAGCAAAUACUUGUCCAAAAAUUCUACGGCCAGCGACAGCUACAGUUUAUAAUAAGAUCUUGCUUUGGCUACGACAAUAAACUAGUGGCCAGCGGUUCAGAAGAUGGAAAGAUUUAUAUUUGGGACAGAUUUCAUGGGAAUAUUGUGAGUGUUAUAAACGGCCAUGAAGCUGAACGGGCUUCGACGCGCAUUUCAAAUAAGACAUUCGGAAGAAAUUGCAACAUCGUAGUUUGGAAUCCGGCAAACAAAAAUAUAUUUGCAUCAGGAGGAGACGAUGGUCUCAUUAAAAUAUGGAAAGUAGUUAGGGGAUAG